CCAUCUCUUCUUCUUCUUCUUCUUCUCCUCCUCCUUCUCUCAUCGCCCUUCUCUGUCUUCCCCCCGCGAUCGACCCUUGGUUGCCUUCUCCUCCUCUCUGCAACCCCAGCGACCACUCACCUUCCAACGAACCCGCCCGUGCUAGAAGCUGUCGCCAAGAUGGCGAAGAAGGACGUUGUCUUGUAUCCUCGCAUUUCGAAGAAGCCUCCGUUCACCGUUGAAGCCCCCGGCUUCGAACCUGUCAAGGGAGAGACCAUUCCUCGUAGACAUCCCGCUGCCAAAGAUGGAUUGAUCACUUCCCCCGACCCGGAGAUCACCACAGUAUACGAUAAUCUCAGGUGGAGUGUCAAAAAGUACGGCAACAAGAAGGCCAUUGGAUCCCGACGUCUCAUCCGAACCCAUGUCGAGACCAAAAAGGUCAAGAAGCUCAUCGAGGGAGUCGAGCAGGAAGUCGACAAGGAAUGGACUUUUUUCGAGCUCAGCGGCUACACCUUCAUGACCUUUAACGAGUAUGAGACUCUUGCGCUGCAGCUAGGAGCCGGUCUGCGAAAGAUUGGCCAUGAGAAAGACAGCCGCAUUCAUCUGUUCAGCGCUACAAGCGCCCAUUGGCUGGCCCUGUCUCAUGGUGCUGGAUCCCAGUCUAUCACAAUCGUUACAGCCUACGACUCCUUAGGUGAAGAGGGUGUCAAGCAUUCCCUCCUCCAAACCCACAGUUCCACCAUCUUCCUCGACCCCAGCCUCCUUCCUGUGCUCAUGAAGGUACUGGAAGAUGCAAAGGACCUGAAGAAUGUGAUUUAUGAUUCCGCUUCCGAGGUGAAGCAGGACAACCUCGACAAGCUUAAGUCUGAAUUCAGCCACCUCAACGUCAUGUCCUUUGAAGAAUUGCGAAAGCUUGGAGAAGAGAAUCCGGUAGAUCCUGUGCCUCCUUCUCCAGAGGACCUUUGCUGCAUUAUGUACACUUCUGGAUCAACUGGACCUCCUAAGGGUGUCUCUCUUAAGCACAAGAAUGUGGUGGCAGCUAUGGCCGGUGCCAAUACUGUUGUUGGUGAACACCUUGGCCCCAGCGACGUCCUCCUCACAUACCUUCCACAGGCUCAUAUUCUGGAGUUCGUCUUUGAAAACAUUUGCUUGUACUGGGGCGGUACCAUGGGCUAUGGCAGCCCCAAGACGCUCUCGGACACCUCUAUGCGGAACUGCAAAGGUGAUAUUAAGGAGCUGAGACCAACUAUUCUUGUUGGUGUGCCCAUGGUUUGGGAAACCGUCAAGAAGGGCAUUCUCGGCAACGUCAAUAAGAGUAGCGCGAUCGUCAAGGGACUUUUCUGGGGAGGUCUUGCCGCUAAGUCGUUCUUAAUGUCCACAGGUCUUCCUGGAGCUGGCGUGCUGGACGCCAUCGUCUUCAAGAAAUUGAAGGAGGCUACCGGUGGUCGCCUCCGAAUUAUGCUCAGCGGUGGAGGCCCAAUCUCCAAGGAAACGCAACAUUUCCUUUCCAUGGCUAUUUGUCCUAUGAUCAACGGAUACGGUUUGACGGAAACCGCUGCUAUGGGUGGGUUGAACGAUCCUAUGACAUGGAACCCUGACGCAAUUGGCGAAGUUCCUGCUUCGGUGGAAAUGAAGCUAGUCGAUUUUGCCGAAGCCGGUUACUUUACCAACAGCAACCCCCCGCAGGGUGAGAUCUGGAUUCGUGGAGGCAGUGUUGCUGAAGGUUACUUCGACAACGAGGAAGAGACAAAGGCCGCUUUCACGGAUGACGGCUGGUUUAUGACUGGAGAUAUCGGUGAGUUCGAUAAAUACGGCCACAUUAAAGUUAUCGACCGCAAGAAGAACCUUGUCAAGUCGUUGAAUGGGGAAUACAUCGCCCUUGAGAAACUGGAGUCUAUCUAUCGUUCUGCGCAUGUUGUUGCAAACAUUUGCAUCUAUGCCGCUCCAGACCAGUCCAAGCCGGUCGCUAUCAUCGUUCCUGCGGAGCCUGCCCUUCACCAGUUGGCUCAGCAGAAUGGAAUCAAGGGAGAUAGUAUUGGCACAUUGGUGCAUGACUCUAAGCUCAACUCUAUUAUCCUGAGAGAAAUGCAACAAGCCGGCAGAGCUGGUGGUCUUCGGCCGUUUGAGAUAAUCGAGGGCGUUGUGCUUUCUGAUGAGGAAUGGACUCCCCAGAACGGUUUCACUACUGCUGCCCAGAAGCUCCAACGCAAAAAGAUCAUCACCAAAUUCCAAAAGGAAAUCGAUCGAGCUUACGGCAAAUCUUAAGGACCAGGCGACCGAGUCCAGCCUUUUGAUUGAUGUUGAAUCUCCGAAGGCAGAUCUUCCGAUGCUCUUUACCCAAGCUGGUACCCUAUGUCUUCAAAUAACGCCCUUGUUUGCUUUUCAGUUGAACGAUAUCUUGAUUGCCAAUAGUUAAUACCUGGUUUCUUUUAUUAUCUGAUUUCUGUACCGCUUUUGGGCUGCGUUCUUCGUGAAUUUCUGCUAUCAUGGCUUUACGAAUAGCUGCGGUAUUGUAAAUUACGGCUAUUGAUACCUCGAGACUCU